AUGGAGAGACUAAUUCGUGGUAGAGCAACCAUUUCGCAACUUUUCUCCGUCCGUGAGAUCAACGAACAUGUUGCAGACAUGAAGAUGGGAUCGUGGGUCUCCUCUCUUCUCCGGUCAGCAUUGCAGAGAGAAGGGUUCAUGGAUAACGAUUUUAUGGGUGAGAGUGGUGACAUUGUUUCCAUCGCGGAGCUGGUUGAGGCGAUGGCGUUUUACGCCACGACGAUGGGAUACUCACCCGCCGCGUGGGAGCCGACUCUAUCCCCGACCUUGGAGAACUUUGAAAGAAGACCGGGUGUUUACAAAACAUUGCUAAGGAAAGUGGACAACUGGGCUACGUUGAGUGGGAGCAAGAAGCUCUUGUCUGUCAAGAAACUCAUCCGCAUCAGGGUUAGCGACAAGAUGAAGAAAGUGCGCGAAAAACCGAACGCCCUGGGAGUCUUUGAUCACGCCGCCGACAUGGCGACCAUCCACGGAAAUACCAACCCCAAGAGCACCAUCAAUAGCCUUCAUCUUCUCGGCAAGUACCCCGAUCAAGAUCCUCGAUUCUACAUUCACAUGGUGUACCGGUACUACAUGAACGAGUACCACAAUCAGCUCGCCACCGAAGACAAGGUGCUGCGGUUUCCCAGCUUCCAAAAAAUCCUGGACACCACGAAACCGAUCGAUUGUAUCGGAGCAAUACCAGCAGAGUUCCGAACGUUUGUCAGAGGCAUCAGAGGAAACUCCGUGUCCACUGUCACCACACCCGUCCCUUCAAAGACGAACGCGAACGAGGUGGUAUACACGCACAACUUCGAGGCCACCGUGCCAUGGGUUCCGGUCAUGAGGGCCAUGAUUUACGACCUGUUCGUGAAUCUCAACACCCGGUUCAGAGAAAUCUAUCCCAAGUACCUUGUCAGAGGCGAAGGUGGCUGUGAAAAGGGAAACGUUGCCGCCGUGGAGGCGCUCGCGCGAUCGAUAGAGAUGGCAGAUCUCGUGCAGACGCUCACAGGCGUUCAGUCCGUCUCUGUCUACACCAAGGACCUCCUGGACCGAAUGCUGGCGGUCGACUCUCGUGCGGCAGACAUCUUCCCCCGGUACAACAGCCACCCAUUCGUAGGCGAAGGCGAACAGCUGCGCGAGCGUCUCGGGUUCUUGCACCAGGACUCCGUCAGAGGAGUGUUUCAGCGCAUCGCAUCCAAGUCGUCGUCCGAUUUCUGCACCGACAUCUACUCUGGGCUAAAAAUCGAGUUCAAGACCAUCGAAGUCUUCAAAGAAUACUGCACCACCAAAACCUUCAUGGUGUUCAAGAGGAGGGACGAGUGCGAGUGGAGACAGUUUAUUUUGGACACAAGAAAGAUAUGUUGCAUCUUGCAUGCUUGGAGCCGGAAGAAAGACGUCGAUGAGUUUGUGGAAGAAUAUGGGUGUGAAGAUCGAUACAUGUGCCGCAUUUUGGCAGAGCUUGAGUGA